AAUACAAUUUUACUGUGAAUGUACAACCGAUAGAAAUUUUUUUAUUUACCUCUAACGUAUUUAUGUAUAUUUGUUCUUGUUUAAGUGACUCAUUUAAUUUGUCUACAUGUCAGGUUUCCCGUCGACGUAUUCACCAAAAUCAUCGCCUCGAGGUGCCAGGUCUCCUGUCGUGUCCAGACAGGAUUCUACGGGAACCCUCAAGACGACCAUAUCGUUGGGCAAGAAUCCAUCGAUUGUGCAUAGUGGCCCAUUUUAUCUUAUGAAAGAACCACCAUGUGAAAGCGAAUUGACCGGGUCUGUAAAUUUAAUGGCCUAUUAUGGCCUAGAACAUACGUACAGUAAAUUCAGCGGAAAAAGACUUAAGGAAAGCUUAUCAUCAUUUUUACCAAAUUUACCUGGUAUUAUUGACACCCCUGGUCAUAAUGAUCAAAGUUCAUUACGUUCUGUCAUUGAAAAACCCCCAAUUGGAGGAAAGGAAAUUUUGCCUCUAACAACUCAUCAAUUAGCUGGAUUUCGAUUACAUCCAGGACCAUUGCCAGAACAGUAUCGUUAUGCAAAUCAACCGCCUACUAAGAAACAUAAAAAUAAACACAAAAAGAGUAAAUACAAAAGUGGUGAAGCCCUUUCACAAGACAUGGCAGCUAAUGAAUUAGGGCUAGGUGAUAUUCACGAGAAGAAGCAUAAAAAACAAAAACGUCACGAUGAUGAUAAAGAACGGAAAAAACGGAAAAAAGAGAAAAAAAAGAAGAAACAAAAACACAGUCCAGAACAUCCAGGAAAUAUAACUCCUGGACAGCACUCGAACUGAUAGAAUAUUUUUCCUUAAUAACAUAUUUUUACUUUGAAUUUGUUUUCAAUCAGUCAUGAAUAAACACUAAUAAAAUGUAUAUAGAAUGUUGUCAAAUUAUUAGAAAGUUUUGAACAAAGUGUGGAUGUAUAUUACCAUCUUGUUGGCUACAGAAAAUUGUGAUGUAAAACUUAAUUUUUCAUUAUUUGAUUGGGAUAGGUGAAUUUUGUUUUAAAUAAAUAAUUUUAUCUGCACUAAAA